AUGGGGGUGCUCUGGCAGUGGCGAGCUUCCUGUGGGGGUGUGCCUGCAGCAACGAGUUUCCCACAACGGCGCUGGCACCCCUGGAGGGCAGAUUUCCACGAUUGGCGCCACGAAAAUCCGCCUGCUGAUCGCGCAAAUACACCCGGCCGCCGGGCCUAUUUGAGCAACCGCCGGUCGGAUUUUCGCAAUUGGCGGGUGGCUCAGGCACCCCUGGCGGGCAGCGCUGACCCCCCACCCACCGAUCGCAAAAAUACGACUACCGAUCGUGAAAAUGGACCCAGCGGCCGGGUGUAUUUGCGUGAUCAGUGUGCGGAUUUGGGCAACGGUUAUUGUGCCAAUUGCAGAAAUCUGCUCGCUGGGGUGUAA